UAAUGUUAAAACUAACUCUUUGUGUAUUGUUAGUGCUUGGUGCAACAGCCAUCAAUGUCUAAUCAUCCAUCUGGACAAAUCGUGACUAAAAGGCUCUUGCUCAAAUUCAUACAUCUGGCUGGGGUAAGUUCAUUUUGAACUAUGCCGAACUUCAUAUGUAAACAGGAGGUAUUCUUUCUGAACUCAACAGCGAAAUUGAAAAACUCGUAACUAUUUAUCUUAACUAAUUUUUAAGGUUGGUGAAUUAGAAGAGGAAUUAGCUGGAGUCCAUCACGAAUUCAACAGAAGAACAGACGUUCACAAUAGAGAAGUUGCCAGACUUGAAUAAGAAAUUUAAGAUAAGGAAAGAGGUAUAAUAAAAUAUGAUGAUUUUUUUAGAACUCUUCAAUGCUCAUGAUUUCUAUGAUAACGUCCUCAUCCCAUAAAGAGAUAGAUUUGCUGCUUAACUUGAAUAAUUAUAAGAAAAUAUUGCCCAUAACAGAUAAACUCUUGAAUAAGCUACAGUCUAAAGAGAAAAUGAUCAUGAAACUUUUGAAGCUUAAGUUGCUGAACACAAUGAUGCCAUUAGUGCUAUUGAUGAAUGCCUUUAAUUAUUGAGCACAAUCGCAACUCCAUCUCUUGCUUAAAUCUAAAAAGUUUAAAAGAACCUCAAUAAAAUUCAAAAUUCCUUGAAAAAGCACAAUUAAUUCCAAAUCUUCGUUAAAGUCCUCUUGGAAAUUACAGUUGAAUCUAACUUUGCUGACUAAGGUGCUCUUAGAGACGUAAUUUUAGAAAAUUAAAUGAUAGAUUAUUGUUGCUUUCAAUAAUUUGAGAGUUGAAUUGGUUGAUUCACUCAACUAAAUCACUGCUGAUGAAGCUGAAGCUGUUGCUGAUUUUAAUGCUUAAGUCAUCUAAUUAAACUAAGAACAUGCUGAAUUCUAAAGAGCAGUUGUUGUUAAGAAUGCUGAAAUCGAUGCUAAUGCCAGUAAUAUAUAAAUUUCUAAUCAAUUUAGACAAGAUUGAAUAAACUCUUGACCUAAUUGAUGAACUUGAUGCUGAUUUGGCAACCCUUAAUGGAUAAUUGUAAGCUGAAAAUGAUGAUUAUGCCUUUGCCACUGAUGUCUACAAUGCCACCGUUGCAGAAUACAACAAGGAAAUCAAUGCUGCUAAUUAAGCAUUAGAAUUGCUCAACUAACCAAGAUUUUAAGAUUAUGUUAAAUCAUAACUCAAGGGAGCAUGAU